UCCCUCGGGGUCAUGGGGCCCUUAAUGUCACUGCCGAUAACGCCACUAAUCUUGUCGAUCGGUGCGGUCGCGCCCGUGUCCUUCUUGGACGGAUUGUUCUUGCUCUGCUUGCCUUGUGCACAGGUCAAACAGUUGGGGCACUCUCUGGUUGUCAGCCGGAUACCAGAUCCAGGCGUGUCGGCCAUGCGCUCGACAGUAUCG